AUGGACGUCCAAAAUAGGAUAACAGCUUAUAAGUUUGUUGCUUAUGCAGCAAUCACCUUCUCGGUUGUGGCUGUUCUAUCCGUAUGUAUCACCUUGCCGAUGGUGUACAACUACAUUCAUCAUGUUAGGCGACAAAUGCACACUGAGAUCACUUUCUGCAAGCAAUCGGCGAAGCAAACGUGGACCGACGUAGACCUUUUGGGCCAGAACCCUCUGCCAGCACACAACAGAACGGCACGUCAAACGAAUGACCAGUGUGCUGGUUGCUGUAUCCGAGGUCCACCUGGACCUAAGGGACCAAAAGGACGACCAGGUAAACCCGGAAAGCCAGGAGCACCUGGUCUUCCCGGUAACCCAGGACGACCACCAGCACAACCUUGCGAGCCUAUCACUCCACCACCAUGCAAACCCUGCCCAGCUGGACCACCCGGCCCACCAGGACCACCAGGACCAAUGGGAGAGCCUGGACCAGACGGACCAGCUGGAGCUCCAGGAAUGGACGGACCACCAGGAGAACCUGGACCAAAAGGACCCGAUGGACAACCUGGAGAGAUGGGACCUCCUGGACCAAACGGACCACCAGGCGAGAAUGCACCCGAUGAGCCACUUGAACCUGGAGAGCCUGGAGAGCCCGGUAAGAUAAUACGGUCACAUACUUAU